AUGGCGAUCUAUGAUUUGGCGCGUUGUUGUCUUAGGGUUUAGGUCAUGAUGUCGAAGCGGAUCUUGAAGGAGCUCAAGGAUCUCCAGAAAGAUCCUCCAACCUCUUGCAGUGCAGGUUCAAUUCAAUUUCAAUCACUCUUUUAUGUUCGAUUUUGCGUUUACGCCUGCUGGAUUCAUUGCUCUGUUUUUUUUUUUCCUCUCUCUCUCUCUUUCUUUCAAGUAUUAGUGUGGCGAUUUGUUUGUGUUUGAAUUUUAUGAGAAAAUAGUCUUUAAUUUCAUUCAUAACGAGUUUUUGAAUACUUUAAUGUCGAUGGUGAUGUAUUGGAGGAGUGCUAAGCUUUAAGCAGGACGAGCUUUUGGUUCCUUCUUUUCAAUUGAAGGCUGAGACCUGAGAGUCAAUGGAAAAUGAUGUUUCUUCUCAAUUUUCGUUUCUUUUUGAGGUUUCUUAUAGUGAUUAUGAGCUAAGUCAAGUUAUUUUAGAAAAUUAGGAGUUAAAUUAACUCCGAGAUUUUGAUUUUUUUUUUAUUAUUAUUUUGAGACGAGGAAGAAGUUAUACUUCCAAUUGUAAAUUUCUAUUGUUUUGUUAUUUUCCUGGACAAGUUUAGAGUUUCUGGUUGGUGAUUAUUUUUAGAUUCUUGGUUUAGGACUAUUAGAUUUCAGUUUUGUUGAGGAUUCUAUUUGAAAUCUCUACUUCUUCCCAAAAUUUGUAGAAUCUAGCACAAAGGUAAGUUCAAACUCUCCCCUUCUUCCCCACAAUUGGCACAAUCUCUAUAAAUUUCAGUUGUAUAUUACAGAGCUUAUAAAUUUGUUGGUUGUGGACUUCUUUUAUCUUUUAGUUAUUGAGAUUAGGGUUUGUGGUUUUAUUUUUUAUUCCACUUUUAAGUAUAUUCCUGUUGUUUUUUAGCAUGCAUCUAUGUUGGAUAGAGUAUGGAUUUUUCCAAUGUUUGGAUGAUUGGUAAAUUGGUAGACCAGGAUAAUUUUUUUC